GUUUCGAUGACCGAUACAUCCGACAAAACCUAUCGGCUGUAGUUCAUUUUGCAAUUCUUAGUGAUUUUUAACUUUUCAAAAGAAUUUUAAGUGUUUUAAGUUGAUUACUUGACCCAUUCGAGAUGCCCAAGGUGCGCCGCAGUCGCAAGCCCCCGCCAGACGGCUGGGAACUGAUAGAACCCACGCUCGAGGAACUGGAGCAAAAAAUGCGCGAGGCCGAAACGGAACCGCAUGAGGGCAAGCGCAUUACGGAGUCGCUGUGGCCCAUUUUCAAGAUCCACCACCAGAAGACGCGCUACAUAUACGAUCUGUUCUACCGCCGAAAGGCCAUCAGCCGGGAACUGUACGACUACUGCCUCAAGGAGAAGAUCGCCGAUGGCAAUCUGAUUGCCAAGUGGAAGAAGUCCGGCUACGAGAACCUCUGCUGCCUGCGCUGCAUCCAAACCAGGGACACCAACUUCGGCACGAACUGCAUCUGCCGCGUGCCCAAGUCCAAGCUGGAGGAGGGCCGCAUCGUCGAGUGCGUCCACUGCGGAUGUCGCGGCUGCUCCGGAUAGAUGCCCAACAUGAUCCUCAUCCUAUAUGGUAUAAAUCAUGCUCACACAUAACGUAGUUCAGUAGGUACCAUUCUCUAGAUUCCACCUGGUUUCUCCAUAGUGUGUAAAUACAUUUUAAUACAAGCCACACACACAAAAAUAAUCUAAAGUAAGCAAAUCAUUCUGUAAAGCCACUGCAAUAAAACGAUUUUGUAAAUGACCAGGCCUCAUCCGUGAGAUUCAGGGCUGCGAAAGUUCAAUAGAUAAUGGUUAACAGGCUUGUUGCUUAGGUGUAUUUGCAUAUACAAAGGCGUACAUUUUUUUUAUUAGAACUAAUAGGAAAAGUAGAAACUAAGUACAACAAGUUGUAGUUUAUUCCUGCUAAUAAAUUGUGUAUAAAAUUAUCAAGGUACAGAUUUGCAGUCUACUUUUUUGAUUAAGUCUGAUUUUGUGCAUGAAAUAAUCCCAUUUUAAUAAUUAAAUGAUCAUUUUCUUAUAAUAUAAUACCUAAUUAAACUUGGCCCUAAGCUUUGUGUAUAAAUCAUAAGUAUGGCUUGGAUUCAGCUUAUUUUAUUUUCGUUAAACAAUUAAAAAAAGGUCAAUAAGGAACUUUACUUAAGAACUACAAAAAAAGUUUACAGCACUGACUGGAGCCAUAAAAAUAGAAGAGGGUUCCUGAUUGCCUUUCAAAAUAGAGAAAUAAACGAUUGAAAUUUA